UAUUGACUGUCGGAAUUAGACGAAUUUUAAAACCAUAACUUAUAUUUUGCAUAUAAAAAAUAAAACAAAUAGCCAAUAAUUGUCUUAUAAAGUUGUGUGAAAUUACAAAUUAUUAAAAAAAAACAACGUCUGGGCGCAGGAAAAGCGAUUUUGUCUACAUAUUUUAUGGAUAAUGAAAUAUAUUAUUCAAAUUACUCCAAUACAUUCUCCUAGAAAUUAGCUAGAAUGGUUUCGUCAAUUAGUAUUAAGACUUAGACGGAGGAAAUUUUGGAUAAUGAGAAUUCAACAUUUAUGCAUGUGGACAUUUGCACAUGUAUUCAAAUCUGUGAAGCGUAGAGUGUUUUCUUUCAUAUGUAUAAUAUGUGUAUUUAUAAUUAUAAUAAAAUGGAGAAUUACCUGCACAAAUGUGCAUCCUCGUUUACACCUCCAGCACAUAUGUUCCAACUACGCAAAAGGAGUAUCUGUUGGUAAUUUAUGUCAGAGUUUAUGCCAUACGGAUGGAGUGCCUUCAUUAUCAUGUCACAGUUUCUACAUGGAAAAAGAAGCUGUUUUCUCUGGAACAUGGAUGAACAAGAGUGUAGUUUUCAAAGCCUUGAAAAAAUCCCCUGAUACAAAAGAAUUGAUGCAAUUGUCUACUGUCAACCAAAAAAAUUAUCCAUCAGAAGAAGAGUUCUCAAAACUGAUUCAAAAAAAUAUAAAAAAUAAGUUUAAUAUAUCAAUUAAUGAUGUAGAUGCUUGGAGGAUGUCUUAUAUUCCGAACCAGGUGGGAGGGAUUGAGAGAAAUGUUGAGAUGGAUAAUGUUUGGCUACUUUUACAGGAUAAUGAAUACCUUGCUUUAUUAUUGUAUGAAAAGUAUGUCAUCUUUCCAAAACUAUUAGGGUCCUGUGGAUCAAUGUAUGCAGUUCAGAAAUUGGACUCCAUAUCAGGUUAUUGGCAUUUAAUGACUUUGUAUGAUAGUCAAGAAGAGUGGGAGAAAAGGAUAAAGUUGUCUUUGAUGAUAUUAGAUUAUUUAUUGUCACUAGAAAAGAAGUUACCGGAGCCCUUGCAUAUUUGUGAUGUAAAAAUGAAUCAUUUUGGUGUGACCAGUGACACCAAGAAGAUUAUGUAUUUAGAUUUAGAUUCGGUUCACCCACGUACGAUAGUUGAUAAAAUGACUGGUGAUGGAUCAGAAUGUAAACAACAUAGCGACUGUGAUUUUUUAGAUUGUAGAUCAUUUUGUAACUUAAUAACCUAUAAAUGUGAGUAUGGGGUUGUUAACAACAAUUUGCAGAUUGUUUGUGAAAGAAUUUUCCUAGGUUGGGUAAUGUCUGGUAGGGUGAUGGUGCCAGGAUUGCUGUUGGGUCCUAGAACACCUAGGGUUCUUAUUGAAUUGCUAGAGCUUUGUGCUAAUCCUGCAGGUGAAUCAGGCAUGUCUCGAGCACCUGCCACUAAAGAAAUCCGGAAGAGACUUUAUAAUUUAUUAAUUAAUUUAAAAUUGUCUUAAACAAUGCUGUGAUAAAUUUGCUUAUUAUUUAUGCAAUAUUAUAUCUAGUCACAUAAAUAAUAAUAUUUAAGUCAAUUAUAAUUAAUCUUUACGUCCCUAUAUUUGAUCUCUUUACUUAGGAGCACAGUAGCUUACGAUAAAUAGGAUAAAACUAUUAUUGUUUCAAUAUAUACUAGUAAAAAUGAUAAUUAUACUAUUUAGAAUUUUGGUAAAAAAUUCCGACUUCUAAUAUUUAAAAUUUGAAUGCCUUGAGUUUUUUUUAUUAAAUAAUCACUUAAAAUCGUAGAGAUUUGUACACAUAGAUUUUUAAAAACCUUCCUAGUUGUUAUAAACAUUAAAAUGAAUUAAUAAUGUAUUUAAUUAUAUCUAUUUACAGACAAUCGUUUUAUCAUUAAAAUAUAAAUAUAGAACUCUUUGAAAUUUUCAAUGACAUGAAGGAUUAGUAGAUAUUAGUCUUACAUAAGGUAUACUCUAGUUUUCAGAAAUAUAUUUAUAAUUGAUUAUUUUCAUUUACUUCAAAAUAAUAAUAAUAUAAUUGUUAUUGUGUUAGGACAAAUCAAUUAUUCUAUGAAUAUGUUUAUAAUUUCGCCAUCUGAACCUUGCCUGCAGACGUGAUUCGAGUUUGACGACAGAAGUUAUUUUUAUAAAUGCCUAUUCAAUGUCUAAUAAAAUACGUAGCUGCUGAGGGCAGGUAUGGCUAAGUAAGGCAUACCUGCCCUCAGCAGUUAUUAGCAAGUCUCAACCUUGUGGUUGCGACCGUCAAAUAAAUGCUGAAAGGUUUGUGUCUUUCUAUGUAUGACAAAGUACCGCUUGUUAAUUUUAAUCCUAUUGCUGAUCGCUUUUAAUGUUUUUAAGUGAUUGCAGUGACAAACAAACUGGCCAACCUGCUAGUAAGUGGUAAUCACCUCCAUAACAUGAGAAACACUCCGAAUGUGGGGGAAGUCGAUUUUUAGUAUGAACCAAUUGCUAGCAAUGUACAAUGUCUGGUUAACCUCUACGCGAUUCCACUUGGAAACCCUGACUUAACUGACCUGACUUCGGGCUCAUUUUAUUAUCCUCCACUGGUGCCCUGCUAGCGGAAAACGUUAGCGCAGGAGGGUGCAUCAUUCCAUUAUUAUCCAUAAACACCCCAAAUCUUACGACAACUUGUGACGCACCUGGUACCUAUCUGGUAAGUACUACCUGGUAUAUGAUGAUAUUUCGGAUGAUUAUGGUUUUAAGCUUUCUACUCUGUAAUUUCACUACCAUGUCAUCUUCUAACACAUCUUACAAGCUGCUUGGUGGCCGAAGUAGUUGAGAUUACAAUGUACUUACGUGCAUUGUAAUUUUUUUUAUCAACAAAAGUGUAGAGGUAUUAAAAAGUUUGCUAGAUCGUAGUGGUCAGAAGGUUAGCAUUGCAACGGUGGGCUUCUCGACGCAUGCGCAGUGAUGGCCGCUGACCUUCCUACGUCCUUACCGUCAGUCUACGGCCAACGUCGCGCGCCGUGCAUGAAAAUAAAGAGACAAAAUUUGUAAACAUACACAUUUUCGAUUUCUUACACGCAACAGUCACAAUUGAUAGACGUUAUUAUCUAAAGAUGUUAGUGAUGUGAUUUUAAAAUAAUCAGUGGGAUUUUGAAAAACUUGGCUUUGCUUCAUUAUUUUCAGUAUAACACGUGCCCAGGUAAUUCAACGUAGUACCUCGACUGUGAUAUUUCACGGGUUCCACGGUAAAGACAUUUCGAGGCGUGACUCGUCGCUAGCAGUACCGUACGAUGGCCACGGCGUGAGCAAACGCCGGGAUCUACAAAAGGAGCGAGGCUGCAUUAGCGUCGUGACACAAUGGGUCCAAGGGCCGAUAAGCACGACACCUUCCGGGUCCUGGGAGCUGGGCUGCUUCGGAUAAAUUGCGGUCAAUGACCGAUCUUGUAUAGACAGUACUCGACUAUGGCUCUCUCUGUACAAAAGCAUGAUAAAUAAAUCACAAUUAAACUUAUAGUCCAUGUUUUACUUCGUUUGGGUCUCGUACAUAGAAAACACAACAAUGCACGCCAUCAAAAAGCAUGAUAUCGUCGACCACAUAUGGACC